AUGCCCACCCCUCAGGGGUUUGUCGCCCAGCUGCUGGGGUUCCUGAUCAGUGUGGUCAGCUCCAUCUUCUGUGGCCACCUGGGGAAAGCUGAGCUGGAUGCUGUGACGCUGGCUGUGUCUGUUAUCAACGUGACGGGCAUCUCCAUCGGUUCUGGUUUAGCCUCAGCAUGCGACACACUGAUGUCCCAGACGUAUGGCAGCAAGAACCUGAAGCAGGUGGGCACCAUCCUGCAGCGGGGGAUCCUCAUCCUGCUGCUGUGCUGCUUCCCUUGCUGGGCGCUCUUCAUCAACACCGAGCAGAUCCUCCUGCUCAUCCGACAGGAUCCCGAGGUCUCCAGGUUAACUCAGGUCUACGUGAUGAUCUUUAUUCCAGCGCUUCCUGCGGCGUUUCUGUACCAGCUGCAGACAAGAUAUUUACUAAGUCAGGCGAUCAUUUUGCCUCAGGUGUUGACGGGGAUUGCAGCCAACAUCCUCAAUGUGGCCAUGAACGCCUUCUUCCUAUAUGCGCUGAAGCUGGGCAUGGUGGGCUCUGCCUGGGCUAACACUGUUUCUCAGUACACUCAGGCCAUCCUCCUCUUCCUUUAUGUGUGGUAUAAGAAGAUCCAUGUGGAGACCUGGGGAGGUUGGACCAGGGACUGCCUCCUAGACUGGGGGUCCUUUAUCCGGCUGGCGGUGCCCGGCAUGCUCAUGAUGUGUAUUGAAUGGUGGACCUUUGAGAUUGGGAGCUUCUUGGCAGGGCUGCUCAGUGUGGUGGAGCUGGGGGCACAGUCUGUCAUCUAUGAGCUCUCCUCUGCGGCAUACAUGGUGCCUCUGGGCUUCAGCGUGGCUGUGAGUGUCAGAGUGGGCAAUGCCUUGGGAUCGGGGGAUGUGGUGCAAGCCAAGACCUCUUGCAUCACUGCUCUGCUGUGCACAGGAGUUUUUGCUGUGGUGGUUGCAACAUUACUGGGAACCCUGAAGGAUGUGGUGGGAUACAUCUUCACCAGUGACAAGGAGAUCGUUAUCUUGGUGUCCAAAGUGAUGAUCAUCUUUGCUCCAUUCCACUUGUUUGAUGCAGCAGCAGCAACCUGUGGUGGUGUGCUGCGGGGCACAGGAAAGCAGAAGAUGGGUGCUAUCGCCAACGCCAUCGGCUAUUAUGCCAUCGGCCUGCCCAUCGGCAUCUCACUGAUGUUCGCAGCUAAGAUGGGAGUGUUAGGUCUGUGGGUGGGGAUGAUCAUUUGCAUCUCUUUGCAAGCCCUUUCCUUCUCGGCUUUUGUCAUGCGCAUGGAUUGGAAGAAAGCGGCAGAAGAGGCUCAAGUCCGAGCUGGACCGAAAAAACAACUGGAAGAUGUGAACUCCAAUGGCACGGUUGCUAACAAAACAUCUGCUGUGGAUUACAUCUCUGUUGACACAGACACCGUGGAAACUAUGGUCCUGCCUGACAGCAUCGUGACGGGUGAGAGGCAACCUGACCACCAGCUCAUCACACAGGAGGCACCUGCUGUCGUCCCUGCUCCUGCCGCUGUGGUAUGGAGGGCCCUGAUUAUCCGCCGUGUGCUGGCUGCUGCUGCUGCCAUUGCUGUCUUGCUGGUGGGCAUACUGGUCCGGCUCCUGACUGGCAAUGGCUAG